ACUUGAAGGAAAAUAAUCAUAUACGUGCUUUUCUCAAUCCUCCUUCUCAGUCACAACAUCACUUUCCUCCGUGAACCCAACUCAAUCAAACCACAAUGGAAACCCAGGAAAACGACAGCGUCGUCGUCGAGGCGGAGCCUUCCACUUCCCACGCUCCCGACGGCGACGAUCCCCUCCGGCAGAGCUCCGAAGUGUUGGCGAGAGGCUUGUCUUCCAUGCUCUCUUCGGUGAUUACCGAUUUCGAUUGCAGAGCUAACCAAACUCUCCGAAGUCAGGACCACCUCUCUUCCGUCCUCGAUCGUCUCACGGGAGAACUUGAUCAGUUGCUUGAAGAUGCACCUUUGCCAUUCAUAAUGCAGCAUGCUGCUAAGAUUUCUAGUGUUAGGAAAAGAGUUUCAUCCCUGAAUUCACUUCUAAAGUCCAUACAAGGGCGGAUUGAUAAUAUAGAUCGCAUGAUAUCUGUUGGUACUGCUCAUGGUAUAGACAGAGAAAAACAACCACUGAAGUUCUAGGUGAAAUGUCGUCAGAAUAAGCAGCUUCCUUUCUUCCCUCAUGUACCAAAUAUGUAAUGUAUACUUAAAUUGAAUUCUUCUUGUCAAGCACAUACCAGCUUAGUGCCCAUUAAGGAGUAAGGAUUUUAGAAUAGGAUUCCAGUAACAAGCUGUAAUUGGGUUACUUUUGACGAAGUAAAAAUUCUUUUCAUUCAUUAAGGAAUUCUUAUUUUAAACUGAAAA